UGUUUUACUGGAAAAGCUUGUGCAAUAAAACAAUAAGUGAAGUCAUGUGUUGUGUUUCCCCUGACUCCCUUUCCACUUUCUCUUCCACUUUCUCUUUUCUUUUCCAAGUCUCCUCAGCUCCAUUCCUGAACUCAGGGGCUGCCUUCACAGUCUAUUUCCUGGACUCUGAGCUGGUUACUACUCUUUCUGGUUCCUGGGCAGACUCCUCUUCCAAAACAUCCUACAGUGGUUUCAUUUUCCUUCUUGGACAGAGGCUGGUUGAAGACUGAAGAGGGGACCUGUGCCCAUCCCUUUCCCAGUGCAGGACCCCUCUGUCUUCUCUGGCCUCCUCCCCACUCUUAAUCUCCCUCAUCUAGUCACUUCUGAGAACAGAACCUGUUUUAUCAGGUUUAUUUUGUGUUUGGUUGACCAGACAGGAAUAAAAAUCCUUCUCAAUGGAAAACAGAAAUGACCGUUUAUCCAGCUUCCUUCUGAGAAACCCCUCACCGAGAACGUUGGACUUCUUGAACUUUGAACUCAACUGCUCCAUCUGUUUGGAGUUGUUCCGGGAUCCUGUCUCCAUUGAAUGUGGCCACAACUUCUGUGCUCAGUGCAUCACCUGUCAUUGGGACUCAGGUGCCCCAGGUUCCCGGCCAGCUCGCUGCCCCGAGUGCCGUAGACGUUGUGACAGGAGUAAGCUAGUUCCAGACACGCGACUCCGGGGUUUGUUGGAGAAUAUGAACUCCCUUCAACAGAGGGCAAACUCAGACCAGAUCCCCUGUGAUGUUUCCAAUGUGGAAGCAAAACCUCUGCCGUUGAUUCAAGUUAACUCCGCCAAGGAUUUCACCCUGGAUGAAGAUGUUCUGUCUCAGUGUCUGAAUCACCCUCAAGCCAGGAAUACUCAAGUCUGUGUCAUCUCUGUCGCGGGGGAGCAGAGAACAGGAAAGUCUUUUCUUCUCAACUAUCUAAUCCAAAGAUUGCAGGGUCUGAAGUCCAAGGAUCCCCAAUGGAUGAAAGGAGGAAGAGCUCCUCAGGGGUUCCAGUGUAAACCAGGAGCCCAAAGCAUCACCAAGGGCCUAUGGAUAUGGAGCCAGCCAUUUAUUCUGAAGGAGAAGGGGAAAGAGGUGGCUGUAUUUCUUGUGGACACAGAAGGGACCAUAAGUCUAGAAACGGACAAGGAAAUGAAUGCCAAGCUCAUUGCUCUCAGCAUGCUGCUCAGCUCCUUUCAGAUUCUCAAUGUCUCUCGGAUGCUGAAGGAAACAGAUUUGGAUCAUCUAGAAAUGUUCCUCCACAUUGCUGAAGAGAUAGGAAAAUAUUUUGAGAUGGAACCAAUACAGCAUCUGGAUCUGUUAGUCCGGGACUGGUUUUAUCCAACUACGUUUGGAGAGGAAGCAGGCGAAACACACAUGAAUGAUGUGAUGCAGAAAAUCUCUGACAAAUAUCCCAGGAUUCAGAAGGCGUUUAGGAGUAAACAAACCCGCUGCUACCUCUUGCCAUUUCCUGGGAAAAAAGUGGCAUGCAGUGGCAAUGCAAAUCCAGAAGACAUGGAUCCAGAUUUCUGUGAGCAUCUACAAGCCUACAUCACAGACGUUUGCAGUUCAGCCGUCCAGAAUGUGACAAGAUGGUCAACUGGGAAUUUCCUCACUGGUAGAGAAUUAGCUGAGAAGAUCUUGAAACUCUCUGAUCUGGUAAAGAAGAAAGAAUUUGGAUUCUCUUCCUCGCUUGAUUCGAUGACUACUGAGCUCUACAACAUGAGGAUGAUUAAAGAUGCUAGAAAAGAGUUUGAGGACUUCAUAACGGAACAGGAUUCUUCCACAAAGAACAUGUUUGGUGCUGUGAAGAUUCUUCCUAAAAACAUGUGGAAAUGCCUCUCACAAAAGAAGGAUUUUGUCUUGUUUAAUCUCAGAAUGACUUUGAAGGGCCCAGGGAAGAAACAACUUAUGAACAGCUUUGAGGAAGAGAUUCAGAAAAAAGCUGAGGACUUCCAGGAUUCCUAUAAAAUGCGUUUCUGUCGACAGGCUUCUGCCCUGGGUGGAGUUGUGGGAGCUGGUAUCCUGGGGUUUGGUAUAGUGGGAGCUGGUGUGGCCACCACUGUUUUUACUACUGAGGCUACAGCUUUGGCCACAGGGGCCACAGUGGGUGCCACAGCUUUUGGGGGUGGUGUGGGAGCUGGCAUUGGGGCUGCUGUGGGUAGAGCCAAAGGUGAGGAAACAGUUCCUGAAGAGGAAUGGGACUAGCCCCUUCUCAGGGAUGAUGAAUGAAUCCUAGAGACCAGGUAGAAGGAAAGGGGGGGCCUACAUGUAAAAAUGGAGAUUUGAACCCCAGACUUAAAUCCCCAGAAGUCCUUGGCAGUUUCCAGAAUUCCCUAUAACCUCACCUGAGUGCGAGAUCACAAAUUAUUAUUUAAAGGGGAUGUACUGCCUACUGGCUCUCUCUGCUUCCACUUCUAAGCACAUGAGUCUCUCAAGAUGUAGUAAGUGAAAUUGAAUGGGCUAUUCAGCCCUCCUAGAUACGUGCUUUUCUUAUUUUAUAUUUUCUCAUUUCCUUGAUUUCUAAUAAUCUUUUAUAAACCUCUAAAAAUAUAAUACUUUUAGUAGAGAAACUAAUUUAAUUUUCACGGUUUGGCUGACCACAUUGGUUGUGACAAAAUAACCUCAAUCUUCUUAACUUUCCUAAAUCUUUUCUCUACUGUGACUAAGUUCAGCUUUUAAUAGCUACUGCCUAGAUUUUUUUAAAGCCACAUUUCUCCAAGGUUUUUUAGCAAGCCUCUUGACUCAUCUCACUCCUGCCUGCCUGCUUCCCGACUCCCGGCUCCCAGCUCCCAACUCCUGCCUGCUCACUUGGUCCCAGACCCACCCGGCUGCUGCCUUCAAUCCAGACCCAUAUUGUUCUCCCAGUCCCAAAAUGCCCAGCCCACCAACUCUGGCCUCCAAGCAGAUCGAUUAUUGCCCCAGGCCCAGGACUCACUUUCACCAGCUGGUAAAAACAGGGGUGUUUUUUCUUUAGGCUACAAUUAGCCUCCACAUGGACUGGGGGCAGGAGAUCAUAGUGAGGGAGAAAGAAGGAAAGAAUGAAGAGACUUUUCCAAACAGGAACUUAUAAGCAUGGCUACUUUAAAAGGAUAUCUUUUUGACUGCCCUGAUACUUUUAUUUAUAUCACCUGAGAUUCAGGAGAAAAAUUCAGCUCCCUGCAAUUCUUUGGCCAAAUUUGGGAUUCCAAAAACCCACCCUCACUAUGGGAAAGCAGCUCAGUGGCUGAGUGGAUUGAGAGCCUAAAAUCUGGCCUCAGACACUUCCUGGCAGUGUGGCCCUGGGCAGGUCAUUUAACUCCCAUUGCCUACCCCUUACCAAUCUUCUGCCUUCUGAAAAUAGGCAUCUAAAUGGAUAAUUAAAAAAAAAAACACCAAGGAACUUUAAAGAGACGGGAGGUUAUAUUUUUAAGGCUUUUCAGACUCCAAUGUUUUAUAAAAAUCCCUGUAUUCUAUUGCAUUUUGCUGAUUGUUUUGUUUAAGAUUUAACUUUGUCAUUUUAAGUUCAUAUAUUAAUGCAUUCAAUACUAUUCUGUUAUACUGAAUCAUUUUAAUGUACUGGGUUUUACAUACUGUUAAAUUAUGUUGCUUUUCCCCUAUAACUACACUGAACAAACAUUAUUGAAUAAGCCCAUAUCAAAAUAGAUUUUCUAUUUUUGACUUUGUAAAUUGUCACAUAGAGGAUAGAUGGACUCCAUCAGAAAAUUGCUACAAUUGUAUAACAACCGUUGGGAAAUUUAAUGAGCUAAAUAUCUCAAAUUGAUUUUUUUAAGGGUUCUUUAGACAUGAUUUUUAGAAAAAAAAUUUUUUAACAAUCUCUGGUCAUUUUGCCUGCCCCUAACAGGAGUUAAGGCCCAUUUUAGUAGCUAAAGUGAAAUACAAUUAUAAUCCCCAACUCCCACAUUUAGAAAAAUGUGAACGGAAGCUGGGAAGUUAAUCCCAAGGUACCCCUGAAUGUCUCCCCCAAAAGAGGAGCUUUUAUAACGCUUCAGCUCACUUCACUUCCACCAGAAUGAUAUCAAGAAUUCUUGAUGAUGUUCUAAACCCAAAAUAAGUUUCACUUUGUUUAAAAAUGCAUUUGACAAGGUUGAAAGAUUUGUUAAGUUUGUAAAAUUGUGACAAAUAUCCAUCAGUUCAUAGGCUUUUAAAAAUGCCAUACAGCAACUUAUGUGAAAUAUGAUAGUUGGUUUGUUUGUUAUUGUAAUUAACUGGACUAUUGAGAAUUUUGGGGAUAUUGAUACCUACAUAUUUGUAUUACUGUUCUUUAUUAAAAAAAAAAAACUGUUACCUUGUAAAAUUCAUUUGCUUAUACUCACAGUGGAUCAUGGCCAGAUAUGAAGAGAAAAUGGAUCUCAUUUUUCGUGAGAAAUCCUUGUAUUCUAUAUUUUCUUAGCUGACACAGUCUAUCAAUGAUUAUAAGCUACAUUUUUGAAUUUUAAAACUCUUUUAUUAUUAUAGUUUUCUUGCAUGUGCAAUAUACUAUUUCAGUUUUUUAUUUUUUCUCUCCUUUUUAUAUUUGAAGCAUGUCACCAGUAUUAAGAUUUUCUUUAACUUUUUUGAUUUUGCAGUAAUAUAAGUUUAAAAUGCAUUUGCUAUAAUGUCAAUGCAUGCCCAAUGAUCCUGAACAAUCCAGAGGAACUUAUGAAAAAGAAUACUAUCUACAUCCAGGGAAAGAAAUAUGGGAAUAGAAAUGCAGAAUAAAAACAUGUGGUUCAAUGGGGAUUUGAUUGGGGAUGUUGACUUUAAAUGCUCGCUGUAUUGCAAAUAUUAAUAAAAUGGAAAUAGGUUUUGAUCAAUGAUACAUAUAAAAACCCAGUGGAAUUGCUUGUUAGCUCCAGGAAGGGGGAGGGAAAGAAUAUGAAUCAUGUAACCUUGGGAAAAUAUCCUAAAUUAAUUAAAUUAAAACAUUAAAAAAAGAAAGACAAAAAGGUCCUAUAUGUACAAAAAUAUAAUAUCGCUUUUUGAGUUGGAAAUGAACUGGAAACUAAGGGG